AUGUCUUGCGAAGAUGGCGCUCUUAAACUCGAUACCGACACAGGCCAUGUGCUUCUGUCGCCUGAUUCGCGAUUCGAAUGGAUUGUGGGCGGCCACCAGGUCGGCGCCCAGUGGGAGGAGAAAGAGCUUGGAACAAGGCGUCAUCUCGGAGGUCCUUCACCCGUCCACAACAACGACAGCUCACUACGCCUCUGGUUCGCUGUCGACCAAGGCAAGAACGAAAUGCUUGUUGUCUUGACCAUGUCUGUCAAAUCGCGCUCCAAAUCAAAAGCACGCCCACGCAGCUUCUUUCUCCUCGUACCUGCAGAAGACUUGUGCAUAUCUAGUGCAAUCCAUGACUUUCAACCGAUCCCUCUUGAUUCUGUCCCCGAACCUCUGUUUGAGCGACCCGCCGAUGUUGUUUCCGCCAAAGCCACACGCAUCUUGCAUCUAUCAUUCUCUCUUGGACAUAAGCGCAGAAGCGGAGUAGUCAUGACUACUCGACCUUACUCUGGUAAUAUGCGUGGCACCCCGCUAGCUCUGCUAGAUGGUCUCAAAUCACUGUCCAAAGCGAAUCAGGUUGAUGUGUACAUGAAGUAUAGCUCGUAUGCUCAAGUCGGCCUUCAACGCAUCCGUGAACAAAUCGCAUCUCAACGUGUAGCUUUCUUUACACCUUCGUUUAACUUGACGGACAUGUAUCGAGGUGGAUGGCAUGGCGAUUUUGAUCUAUGGGAAGCUCAAGGAUGGCAUGAAACUGUCCCAGAUAUGCCAUCGCGAAAACGAAAAGCAUCUUCUCCUCCACUCGAGGAACCACUUCGUGCUCCACCAGCCUAUGAACAGCAUGGCACGCCUGCUCCGCCGGCGUAUGCUGACACUGCGUCGCCAUUACCACGGGUACCACGCACUCCACAUAAUGAACAACAGCGACCGUCCCCACGACCUGACAUUCAUCUUACACCCAGCAGUAUCGUCUGCGAUAGCAUCGCCCCUGGCAUCUCUGCAACCCCCCUGUCGCCUCAUCCCCUCGUCUUCUCCGACAUUGGAUCAGAGCCUCCUUACUCUGCUCCGCACAAACAAUCACCAACCCACGCCUUUCUUCCUGCCCAAAAGCAGUUGCUGCCUUCCCUCUUCCCCGCAACCGACCCAUCAUCUCUUUCCCAGCUGUACGACCACGAAAUGGGCAUGUGGCUCCUGACAGCCUGGAAUCUCGUGCCGAACAUACAUUUCGUACUCAUCCAUCCCCUUCUUUCCGUCGCUUCCGCGGUCACCAGUAACGACGUACAAGCUUAUCGACUCGCUCGUAUGGAAUGUGCAAAAGCCCUAUCCUCUUUUAUCGCAGAUCAACGACAAAAACACGACUCCAUCAACCAAUCUGAGGAAACACGAUUGCGGAAACAACAUCAUCUCAAAAUUCUGGCAUCUGAACCCGAUAGUCUGCUAUCUUGGCUCUUCAUGCUGAGAUCAGAAGGUGAUAUCGGGUUUAUGGAAAUGCUUGGGGGGUUGGAAGGGAGGAAGAGAAUUGCUAUUUCUGCUGUCGAUGAUGGGGAAAGGUUUAAAGAAUGUAUGAGUGAUUUUAUGGUUAUGAGGGCGGCGAUUGUGUUGCAAGCUUUACUUAUGGAGGGGUCGAAGGUUAUGCAGAGAUUACAAGGGAGUGAUGGGGAGAUGGUCAGGACGGAGAUGCAAAGGUUUGCUAGCUGGUCUAGUAGAUAG